CACACCCGGAAGCGGCGAGGAGCGCGGGGGCAGCACCGGCAGCACCGGGGAUUCGGAGAAGCCGCAGCAAUGUCGGAACGGAAAGUGCUGAACAAAUAUUACCCCCCGGACUUCGAUCCGGCCAAGAUCCCGGAGCUGAAGCUGCCCAAGGACCGGCAGUACGUGGUGAGGCUCAUGGCUCCCUUCAACAUGAGGUGCAAGACGUGUGGGGAGUACAUCUACAAGGGCAAGAAGUUCAACGCCCGCAAGGAGACGGUGCAGAACGAGUCCUACCUGGGGCUGCCCAUCUUCCGCUUCUACAUCAAGUGCACUCGCUGCCUGGCUGAGAUCACCUUCAAGACAGACCCCGAGAACACGGAUUACACCAUGGAGCACGGAGCCACCAGGAACUUCCAGGCAGAGAAGCUCCUGGAGGAGGAGGAGAAGAGGAUGCAGAAGGAGAGGGAAGAGGAGGAGCUCAACAAUCCCAUGAAGGUCCUGGAGAACCGAACCAAGGACUCCAAGCUGGAGAUGGAGGUCCUGGAGAACCUGCAGGAGCUGAAGGAGCUCAACCAGCGGCAGGCCAACGUGGACUUUGAGGCCAUGCUGAAGCAGUACAAGGAGCUGGAGGAGGAGCAGAGGCGCAAGGAGCAGGAGGAGGACGAGCAGGAGAUGAAGGCCAUGCUGGAGCAGGCCCAGAACCGGCGGCUCCUGGUGGAUUCCGACUCUGACGAGGACCCGGCCCAAGCCCGCCCCAAGCCCAGGGCCCAGACAAAACCCACGGACAUCCUGCAGGAGGACCCCCAGCCCCAGAGCAAGAAGCCCAGGAUGGAGAGCUGGGAGCGCAGCGUGGGCAAGCUCAGCACCAAGGCCCAGCUGGCAGGGCUGGUGGCCCGCAGGAGGGAGAAGGAGAAGGCAGAUCCUGCCCUGGAAAACGGCGUGGAAAGCAGAGGCACCGCGGCCAGCACCGGAGCUUCCUGUGAGAACAGAGGGUUGUCCCCAUUUCCACGAACUUCCUGGUGAAGCUGAGGCUCCCUCCUGGCUCUUGGCUCUCAGCCACGGCCUUGGGGACAGAUUGGCAGGGCCAGGAGCUCCAAAACACCAGAUACAGCCCUGGGGACGUCACAACAGCGAGAUAGGGAUGGAACAGCAGGAGAACUGCUUUGGUUUGGGGCCUGGUGAUAAAUCCAGCCUCACUGCUGGAGCUGGGAAGCUUUGAGGACCACAAAACAAGCUGGAAGGUUUUCCAGCCCCUCAGUGAGCUGCCCAGCAAGCCAGGGGAGCCGUGGGUUUGGGGAAGGACGUGGGGGAUGGAUUUGUUCUGGGCUGGUUGAUCCUGAGCCUUUGGCUUAGUGAGUCCCCCUGCCCUCGGGGCAUCCCUGGGAAGGGACAGCUCUGGGAGGUGUCCCCUUGUCCCUGUGCUCCCCCAGCCUCCUGCUCCUGGCCGCUGUCCCCUGGCGUGGUGGGAGCCCAGAGUGGCUCCUCUCUCCCUUUCCAGGGUCUGGAGUCUCCCGGGGGGCUGUGGAGGGACAAGGGGGUCCCAGACCUCGGUGUUCCCUGCAGAGUGGAGGAGGGAGGCUCAGCCGAGGGCUGCAGGAGCUUUUUGUCCCCCUGAUUUAUCCUCCCUGAGCUCAGGGUCCGUUCAGGGAUGAGGCUCCAUCCAGGCUGGCGUUCCCACACCGGGAGCUGCCCUGGGGAGGCUGGAC